CGAGCGGUAUGCGACUGCAGAUGCCAAUGUCUCGUCCAUCAAGCGGCAGAUCUCUGGCGAGCAGCCGCCAGCCAACGCCAAGGAGGCCCUCUGGCACCACACGCAGGCGCUUCUGCAGCACCAUCUCUACAGCCAUGACGCGGCAAGCAUCGAUGUGCUGCGCAAGCAGACCAAGCAUGUGGGCGCGGCGAUCGCGGGUGCGCACGAGGUGGCUGAGAAGAUGACGCGCGAGGUGCGUCUUCUUGGACGCGUCCAGGAGCGCGUCAAGGCGUCCAUCGAGCGGAGCGAUGGCAUUUUACGCGUACGCCAGAGCAUGCAGCGGCUCCAAGCGUGCAUGCACGAGCGCAACUACAAGGACGCCGCAGCGUGCCUCAAGGAGCUCCGGGACAUUGAGGCGCUCUCGAUACCGAUCGACGUCGGCGACAAGCUGCGCAUGAACAGCGCCGAGAACGACAUUCGCGACGCGAUCGAGCGGCAAAUGAGCGCUGCGCUGCACGCAAAGGACGAGGCCGCCGUCAUGCGCCUCGGCAGCAUCUUCGAGCCCAUGUUGUUUGCCGAAGAAGGCGUCAGCAUGGUGCUUGCGUUCGUCGCGUCGCAGCUCGAGGAGCGUCUACCGCCCUCGUCGUCUCUGCAGCGCCUCUCGAUCCACGACCUCACGUCGCACUUGAUCCACGUGUUCAACACGGUCGCCGAGGUGACACUGCGCUUUGAGCCACUCAUGCUGCAGUCGUUUGGCUCGGUGCGUGGCGCCGAGCGGCUUCUGAGCCGCGUCUACAACGUCGCAAGCCCGAUCGCAGUGCGCCUUCUCGACGCGUACAUUGCCCAGCGUGGGCUCGCCGACUUGGUCCACAAGGCCCGCGCAGCGCACCACCUCCCGGACGCCACCGGACCUAAUGCCAAGGUGGCGGCAGAGAGCAGCAGCAACGCCGUCGACUGGAACCCGCAGCUCAACGAAGUCGCAGUUGUCCUUCAGCAUUCCCAGACCUACGAGCGGUUCGUGCGGGCUCGGGACGUCUUCUACAUGGCCCGGUCGUCGUCCUCCUCAUCGCUCCUCGCGUCGUUCAAUGCAAGCCCGCUGAAUACGAGCGUCCAGGAGCUCGCCGCACUCUACUGUGCGCUCGAGGACGUCUGCCUCGCAGCGUCGACCAAGAAGGCCCUGGCGACCGAGGAGAUGCGCUCGAUCGCGAGCCACUCGGCGUUGAUUCCAGUCUCGUCGAUCAUUGACGAAGUGUUUUACGUCGCGCGCAAUGGCGCGUGCCGGGCGCUCGCCACGGGCCACGUCGACGCGGCCUGCGGUGUCCUCAACCUCGUCGCGACCUUGCUCGAGACGACGUUGUAUGACGUGAUCAAGAGCCGCGUCCGGGCACUGCCGCGGGAGAUGCGCGAGGCCGGACCGCUCACGGGCCUUCUCACCAACUUGCAGUCGAGCACGCAGCUACGCGAUCAGAUCCAAACGAUUGCGACGCUGGGCAAGAAGAUGACGUCGCGCAACUUAAAUAGCACGCCACCAGCCUCGACGAAUACGUCGGGUCCACUCACGCCCGUGCUGGCGCCGCCCGUGACGCUCAAUAGCAUUGGCACGAUCCUCUCGUACCUCGCGCAGCUGCAAGCGACCUUGGAAGCCGACGCGAUGGCCGCGUUCUCGGAUCCAUUGCCGGCCCACAUCAAGAGCUGUCUCUCAGGCCUCCAAGAUGCGGCCAAAGGCUACAAGGAACUCCUCGAGACCGCCUUGUCGCACAUUGCAAGCGUCUUUCAACCCAAGCUGGCCUCGUUUCUGAGCCCGAUUUUGAAAAAGACGUCGUUCGACUUGACGGACGCCAUGUUCGCCGCCAACGAAGUCAACGAUCCGUUUGCGGCCUCGCUCGUGACGCAGCUACGCCUGCUUCUCGACCCGUACGAAGAGCACCUGGCGCGCGAGACGUUCGAGCAGCUCGUCGACGCCGUUACGGUGGUGGUUGCCGAGCUCCUCGAAGGCCUCUUGCUGACAAAACUCGUGCCAUUCAACCAGCUUGGUGCUAUGCAGCUCGAAAAGGACGUCCGCGUGGUUGCCAACUACCUCGGCGAGAAGGUCCAGUUCAACCACGCCCAUUACCGCGCCUUUGGGACCCUCCGGCAAUGCGUCAUGGUACUCAACGUCGAUGUACCCGACGACGUGCUUGAGUUCUACGGCCGACCGACGACGAGAGGCGUCGUCGACUGGAAGCUAUCGGCCGGUCGCGUGAUCGAGCUCCUCCAGGCGCGGGUGGAGUUUACGACGGUAGAGAUUGCAGCGAUCGAGCUCGCGUGAGGACGCGCGUUUAUUGAAUCAGGAUCAUCCAGCUGAUAAAGAUGUAAAAGAGCAACACCGGGUACACCGUGAG